AUGGCGGGCCUACUCUUUCGCUCCCUCCUCCUCGCAGCGCUCUGCCUCGCCCUCGCACUCAGCCAAAGCCUCCUCGCCAUGGCGGACUCCGCCAGUCCAGCCAGCGCCGCGCCUCCUCUUCGCCGCGUUCCCACAUGGCCUGAAGAGGCCAUGUCCCCACCGCAGGUCUGGCUCCAGGACCAGAUGUGCCCCCUAAGCACCGCUCCACCCGCCGGAUCUCAUCGACAGGCCCAUCCAGACCCUGCUGCUGACUCUACUGGCCGUACUGCUAGGAAAGCUUUGGGAGAGGCCAUGCGCCCCCCUCCUAGUGGCCUGGGUCCGCAGGAGGCGCACCGCUUCGAGGGGCCCACGUUCGCCUCCUCCUACCUCCAUGGCCCGACCAUCAGGUGGGCUUUGGAGAGCCAGAGCAACGGAGGGGAUCCACGAGAUCGGGAGGCUCACCCUGUCCGUCUUCCAAUCGGGGGCAUGGGUCAGCGUCGUCUUCUUGAGCAUGUGCACCAGCAACUCGCCGACAGAGUUCUUGAUGCGGCUCAAGAUCCCCCUCCCGCCGAACUUCAGCCUCCGACUGCUGUUGAGCACAGCCAGCUUCCUCAACAACAGCUUCAACAGACUUCGGCGCCAGCCUUCGUGGCGUCAGGAGUCUACUGGCCUAGCAAGGAAUAUACCUUUUCAGUAAAGGUGAUCAUAAUACAGGAUGCGAUGCGUGUUUAA